CCCCACCGCGGCCGCGCGCGACCGCCCACACACCGGCGCUGCCGGGGCACCCAGCGUGGGGCGGGGCGGGAGCCGGUGCUCGGUCACAGCCGCCUCGCUACUCACCGGCUGUGGGGCACAGGUAGCCCCCCAAACCGUGACAGCCGCCUCAGUCCGGCGGCGACCCCGCGGCGACCCCAUGCCAACCCUCAUGAGGGCCACCACUUCUCCCGGACACGGAACCAGAGCUGACCUGUGCCUUUAGGAGCAGCUCCGCCUCCGCGCCGGCUCCCGCCCCUCGGGGCGCGUCAGGCCAGUAGCAGCGGACGAGAGGGGAAGGCGGGAGAAUGCGAACCCCUCGCGGCACGGCCAGCCGCUCCUUAUAAGGGCAGGACCUCGCGCAUGCGCGCGCCCCGGCGGCCAGGGGCGGGGGCUCCGAGUGGGUUUUGCUUCGGCGGCGGCGGCGGCAGCCGCGGCGGGAAGGGUUGGGGGAUCCCGCGGAGGAGUGGUCGGGCCCAGACUGAAGCGUUAAAAGAAAUAGAUGAUGUCUAUGAAAAGUAUAAGUCAGAAAAUGAUCCAGUUCAGAAGAAACGCUUGCAGCAGCAUCUUCAGCGUGCAUUAAUCAACAGCCAAGAACUUGGAGAUGAAAAAAUUCAAAUAGUCACUCAGAUGCUAGAACUGGUAGAGAAUAGAGCCCGGCAGAUGGAAACACACUCUCAGUGUUUUCAAGAUCUGUCUGAGAACGAAAAGCCUCUAGAAAAGGCAAAGAUGGAGUCCUGCCAGCCAGAGAGAUCUUCACGUAGACCUCGUCGCCAGCGAACCAGUGAAAGCCGUGAUCUGUGCCAUAUAGCAAAUGGUAUUGAUGACUGCGAUGAUCAGCCACCUAAAGAGAAAAGAUCUAAAUCUUCCAAGAAGAAAAAACGUUCCAAAGCCAAACAAGAGAGAGAGGUUUCACCUGUAGAAUUUGCAAUUGAUCCUAAUGAACCAACUUACUGUUUAUGCAAUCAAGUGUCUUACGGUGAAAUGAUAGGAUGUGAUAAUGAACAGUGUCCUAUUGAGUGGUUCCACUUUUCGUGUGUUGGACUCACUUACAAACCAAAGGGGAAAUGGUAUUGCCCCAAGUGCAGAGGAGACAAUGAGAAAACGAUGGACAAAUGUACUGACAAAUCAAAAAAGGAUAGAAGAUCGAGGUAGUGAAAGCAAUUCAUGUUUUAAAGAGUUGCUCCUUUUAUAUUAAAAUGUUUAAUUUACAGAGAACGCUGUUUUAGGAAAUGCAUAAGACUAUGCAAUAAUUUUUAAUCUAUAAUAUUAAUGGAGUAUUAAAAGCUGUUAUACCUUCUGUGAUCUUUAACUUUCUGCACUGAAUAACCAAAUAAUUGAAACAGGGUGGCUUCAGACCUUCACAGAAGAAUUACAAGCAUAUGGCGCUUGAUUUCAAUUUAACCGUAUUAGUAUUUUAAAGAACCUUGUGAAUCUUGAAAUAAUGGUGGUGGGAAAGAUACUGAAGAACUUCAUGCUAUAGGAAAGGUGUUGAAAGGCCUCACAUAACUGCUAGAAUCUUAACAACUGAAUUUGUUCUUUAUCCCAGGUCUUAACUUUUCAGUUUUUGUGUCAACAUCACACAUUUGGAAUUAGGGUUUCUGAAUUCAGCUGUAACUGUAAAAGUCUUCCGAGCUAAAAGCAGACCUCUUCAGUGACUUUCAUAUGACCAGUAUAUUAUUUCAAGGAAGAAAAUACCACUAACUUGAGCUUUUUUUUUUUUUUGGUCAAUAUUAAACUCUUGUCUUUGUGACUUUACACAUGGGAGUCAGUUUUUGAAUCUGAUAGAAUGAUGGUGUGCACACUGUUCUGGACAUUCUUAGUAGGUUUUGUUUGGGUUCUGUGGAGCAUCCUGAUGUGGUCUUUAUUGUUUUAGUUGAUCUCUCUAAUGCCAAAGCUGUUUACUUGAUUUGCCACUGUCUAUACUUGCCUUGAAGUGGCAGAAGGAUCCCUUGAGAGGAGUGGAUAUUGAACAGAAAUUAGAAAUGUGAUGAAAUCUUUGUCGUAAUCUCAAGAGAGUUGAAAGAGGACUGGUAUUCUCUGGGAUGUAAACUUAACAUUUCCUUAAGCAGCAUGAGUGUAUGUGCAUGGCCACACUUGGGUUUAGGCACAGCACCACAGUUUCUUGGCCUCAGGUCAAGAAACUAAGAAGCCUGAAGACAAAAGCUUUCAAUGCAAGUUUUGAUAGAUGAUAAUUAAAAAAUUACAUAAGCAUGGGUGGCAUAGAACAACCACACAGAUUCCAUCAGGUUUCUGACAGGCUAUGUAAACAGUGUUGUCCCAAAGUUAUGUUUGUAGUGGCUAAAUACUAAUUGGGUGGUAGUUAAAAGUAAACUUUUCUCAGCCUUGCAACUUGAAGAUGGAAAAAAAGAUGAAAAAAGCUCUUUCUGUUUCUUUGUAAGGAGAGAUGUUAAUUGAAAAGUGAGUGGUGUAUCAAAAAUUGCACUUAAGGCUUCUGCUGAACAGUGUUCUUUGGGACUGCUUGUGCCCUGGUAGGCUUGGCAAGGCAGGCAGAGCAGUUCUGCAGGGCUGGGUGUGGAGGGGGCUGCAAACACCCUGAAGUCUCCGUAGUCUCUGCUCUUCGUUGGUAAGGUAUCCGUUUGACAGCACUAUCUCUGGCCCAGCCUGGUUGAAAAGCAGUUGUGCCGAAUUGACAGCGGCCCAGAAGGCAGGUGAACAAAAAGCAAUGCGGGAUGGCUGAGUGCCAUCCAAGCUCCCUCCUGCAUCACCACUAGAGGGCUGUGGCAGCCGGGGCUGGUAGGCUGGGAGCACUCUGCUUGGCAUAAAGCCUCAGUGCUGCUGGACAGGUGGUACGAAUCAAUCUGCAGGACUCUAAAUAUUAUGAGCUACGUAAAAUAUCAAGCCUAUUUCCACAGUUAUGAUCUGAUUCCUUAUCUGAACUUAGCAUUUUUAAGUAAUGCUGGUUAGCAUAUGGCAGGGGAGCAUGAAGCCAGCGUUUGCAAUUCUUGCUCUAAAAUUGUAGGUUUAUUAAGUGGACUAGCUCUGCUGGGGAGGACUGUACCACAGCAAGCAAACAGCCCUUGCAGGAAAGUACUAUAAAGGCUUUGACCCUCAGCAUGGUAGGACAGAAAGUCUUAUCCCCAAGGCCCUGUCUUGCUUUCCAGGCCUAGUGGCUAAUCGAGGUUGCAAAUGCAGACUUCAUAAAGGGGCUGGACCAUAGGUAUUAAUGACGGAUGAUCAAACCAGCUGUUGGAGACAAGUGGUGUUAGUCAUCUUCUGUACAUUUUGUCCCUUUGUCUAUUUGCUGUGACUUAACAGUUCAUACAUUUUGUUUUUGGAAAAACUGUUUGAAAGCUUUGGGCUGGAGAUUGUAUCAACACAAUGUCUGCCUAAAAUGGCAAUGCUCCCUAGUAUUAAAGACCAAACAUUACUUAAAUAAACACUGAACUCGAGGAAGAAAAUACAAAUUAAAUUGUAACUUAACAUUACUAAUUUAUCUUGAGAAGUAUUUCUUGAAUUUCUACUGACUAAACCAAGAAUACUCCUGUGAGGCAAAGGAGAAAGCUGGGAACCUUAUAUAAUUGUUCAUCUGGAAUAAUUGCUAAAGUAGGAAGUGUAUGUGUUGUGGUGUUACAGAAAGGAAAUUUUA